AUGUUAUUCUACCUUGUAUGUGCGCUUUUCCUGCUCAACGCCUUUACAACUGAGGUGCAGGGCAAUGAGCCGUGCCAGGAUCAAGGAGGCGAGCAGUUUUGCUUUGGCCCGCACAGACUAGGAUUUUGCGACAAACCCGACUUCCAGCACAUUGCGGAGUAUUACUGUGCCAAAACGUGUGGCAAAUGCCACUGA